CCCUUUCUACUUGCUUAACUGCCUCUUUUGUGUUAACACCGAUUGAUUGAUGUGCUUUGCUGCCCCGCAGGAGCCCAGGGAAAUUCCAACACAGACACAGACUGGGAUAAGGUCUCAACUUAAAAGGCUUGUUGAAAGAGGAAGGUCUUCAAUAGGCGCCAAAAAGAUAACAGAACAUUUCCCCACCCCUGAAUUUUGGACAUCUACUAUAUAUGUUUGUGUGCAUGCAUAUAUUUAUGUAUAGUAAUAGUUACAAUUUUAUUGUUGCUGUUCAUUGAGCAACGUCCGGAGAGACCUGGGUUCAAAAUCCGGCUCAGCAGUGAAGCUGAGUGCAUGACUUUGGCUCAGUCUCUGUCUCUCAGUCCAGCCUACCUCACAGAGUUGUUGUGAAGAUACAACGGGGUCUAGGUUGAUUACCUCAGUCAUGCAAAUGACAGCCCUGUAAGCUAGGAUUGCUGCCAUCCUGGAGUCCAUGCAUGGACGUAUGCGAUGAUAUUCAUGUCUCUAUAGCAGCCAGAGUUGCUUCUGUGGUGAGGCUACUGCAAUGGCAUCAGAGAUACCAUCUGGAUCCUCUCUUCUUUGGGCUGGAGUAUAAAGAACGGCUGUGCAGCCACCUCAGCGCUUGGCAGCGUUCAAGAAGGUGACUGCAUAUUUCACCAAGGGGGAGUGGGAUCUCUUGGAUCCAGGCCAAAGAGCUUUGUUUUAAGAAGGUUUGAUGGAGAAUUGUGGGAAUCUAGCCUCUGUGGAGAUGCCCAAGCCAGACCUCAUCUCCUGGCUGGAAGAAAGAGAAGAUCCAUUUGUCCCGAGCUCUGAGGAAGGGGAGAAAUCAGCAGCAGCAGGUGACAGCCAGGAGGACAGUGGGAAUUAUGUGGAGCCGCCUGAGGUGUCAUCAGAAGCCACCAAGCAUGAAGUGGGAAAAGAGAUGUUUGGAAAUCGAAGGGGACCGAAAAGGCAGGAGGGAAACCAAUCAAAGACAGGGAGGAAGAAAUCCUCUAUUUCUCAGGGUGCCAGUGUCCAUGAGCCUCAGAUCCCACAAGAAUGUUACAAAGGAAGUAAAAGUGAAAAGUGUCCAAUGUGUGGGAAAAUAUUCAAAGAUAAAUCAAACUUAAAUAGACAUUGGAGAACCCACACAGGAGAGAAACCGUAUGAAUGCAUGGAGUGUGGAAAGAGCUUCAGUCACAGUCACCAUCUUACUGUCCAUCAAAGAACUCACACAGGGGAGAAACCGUACAAAUGUAUGCAGUGUGGAAAGAGCUUCAGUGAUAGCGGAAGCCUUACUACACAUGAGAGAACCCAUACAGGGGAGAAACCAUAUAAAUGUAUGGACUGUGGAAAGAGCUUCAGCAAUAGUGGAAGCCUUCAUACACAUAAAAGAACUCACACAGGGGAAAAACCAUAUAAAUGCCUGGAAUGUGGAAAAAACUUCAUUCACAGUGGAAGCCUUCAUACACAUCAGAGAACCCACACAAAGGCCAAAACCUACGAAUGUGUGGACUGUGGAAAAGGCUUCAGUCAUAGCAGCCCGUUUAACGCACAUCCAAAAGCUCACACAGAGGAGAAACCAUAUAAAUGCAUGGAGUGUAGAAAGAGGUUCAACAGUAGUGGGAGCCUUAAUACACUGCAAAGAACUCUGGACUGCAAAGAACUCUGGAAGAAACCAUAUGAAUGUGGGAUGUGUGGAAAAAGCUUUAGUGAUGGAAGGAGUCUUACUGCACACGAGAUAACUCACACAGGGGAGAAACCGUAUAAAUGCAUGGAAUGUGGGAAAAGCUUCAGUCAAAGCUAUAAUCUUACUUCACAUAAAAAAAUUCACACAGGGACAAAACCUUAUAAAUGCAUGGAGUGUGGAAAAAGCUUCAGUCGUAGUGGUAGCCUUCUUUCACAUCAAAGAACCCACACAGGAGAGAAACCGUAUAAGUGCAUGGAGUGUGGAAAGAGCUUCAUUGAGAGUCAGCAGCUCACUUUACAUCAAAGAACCCACACAGGAGAGAAACCGUAUAAAUGCUUGGAAUGCGGAAAGAGCUUCAGCACUAGAGGAAGCCUUAAUAGACACCAAACAACUCACACGGGGGAGAAACCAUUUAAAUGUGUGGAGUGUGGAAAGAGCUUCAGUCAGAGGACACACCUUACUAAACAUCAAAGAAUUCAUACAGGGGAGAAACCAUAUAAAUGCACAGAGUGUGGAAAGAGCUUCAGUACUAGUGGAAGCCUUAAUAGACAUCAAACAACCCACACAGGGGAGAAACCAUUUAAAUGCACAAAAUGUGGAAAAAGUUUCAGUCGAAGAGGCAAUCUCAAUACGCACCAAAGAACCCACACAAGGGCAAAACAAUGCAAACAUAUAGAGUGUGGAAAAAGCUUCAGUGUGAGAUCAAGCAUUACAAGACGCCAUGGAAUCCACACAGGGAAGAAACAGUAUAAAUCAGGCGUGACUAAUCCACAGCCUAUAGGCAAUAUACCUCCCUAAGCCUAACCUUUUUAAAAAACUGGAUGGGUCAGUAAAAAGGUUAGCCACAUCUGAUAUAAAUGUUUGCAUCAAUUUCAUUUGUUAAUUUUAAAAAUCUGUGUACUAGUGAGGGGCAAGCAUCUUGCAUGAAUGAAGUUUAAUCUGUUGAAUUGUCUCACCCUUUUUUUGAGAGACAUCCCCAGGAAUAUCAGACUCAAAAGCUUGACUUUGCCUAUAGUUACAGUCCCUUUUCACCUGUGGUCUGUCCCUGUGUUCUGAUUCUUCAUGAACUGAACUACUUUGGUAAAGACGGUGAGCUCCUGAGCUUGGCUUUGAUGGUGCACUAGGUAUCUCAGUUUUAGAUUCCACCUGAAAAACAAACUUGUCCAUAUUGCACAUUUAGAGAAAGGCAGAGAGGAAAUAAACAUUAUAGGGUUUGUUAGGGUUUGUGUUUGUUAACUCCUUGAGAGUCCAUCUUUGUAGUCUUGUUCCUGGCCUUUAGAUUUUCCUUCCUGUUGGACAAUCAAGGGAAAACAUUUUAACUGGCUGCUAUAUAAAGAACGAACCAAGCAAUUGGGAACUAAUUGUGGAAAGCAAUUGGAUUUUUUUUUACUGGUUGCUGGGUUGAUUUUUCUGCCCAGAAACCCCGAAAAGGCCUCAUGCUGAGCUACAUAUAUUGGGAAAAUCAGAAAUUAGGUCUCAGUUACAGCCUAGGUGUCCAGCCAGCCAGCUGCUAACUGUAGUGUACACAGCAAUAUUUCUAUUCCUCUAGGGCUGUUUACAUCCUUUGCCAUUCAGUCAUCAUGAAAAAGAAAAAACACACUAUAAUUGUGAGUGUAGUGAGUGCUUUAAAAGAGUAGCCAUUUUUUUCAGAACACUUUGUUAUCUUUCUAUUUCACCCUUCAGCUAUAAGCACCCAGUCCUGCUCUGAUCAUUAUAAUAACUGCAGAAUAAAUAAACUCUUACUUCUUACUGCAGGCAAUCAAACAUGCUUCUUUAUGGUCUGAUGGAAAUGAGAGAGCCAGUGUGGUGUAGUGGUUUGAGUGUUGGACAACAACCUGGGAGACCAGGGUUCGAAUCUCCACACAGCCACGAAGCUCACUGGGUGACCUUGGGCCAGUCACUGCCUCUCAGCCUCAGAGGAAGGCAAUGGUAAAACCACCUCUGAAUACCACUUACCAUGAAAACCCUAUUCAUAGGGUCACCAUAAGUCGGAAUCGACUUGGAGGCAGUCCAUUUCCAUUUUGAUGGAAAUGAAGUCCAGAAAAUACUGUGACAAAGUAACCUUAAAUGUUAAACACUGACCAUUCCCAACAGCAGUCACUGAUAAUAACCCAAACACCCCAGCAUUGCUCAGUUAAUUAACUCCUGCAGUGCAAUAGAAACCAUGAUCGUGAUUCAAGCUACAGCUGAUAGCCAUGAACUUGGCAAGUUGUGAUUCAGGAGUUUCACACUAAAGUCUCCCUUUGCAGUUCCUGUGUUGAAGACUGGCCACUUUUAGGUCAGCAACAGAGCAUCCUGAGAGGCUUAAAUAUUGUCCUUUGGAUGCCAGAUUGGUGUCCAUUUUUUAUUUUGUGGAAGGACCUUGUCCUGCGUCAACUGCAGAAGGGCAUUGCUGGCAGAUAGGAAUGCGGGAGAAAUUUGGCUCAUUUCCCAUUUAAAGAUGAGUCUUAUCAAUUUUGCACUUUCCGGAACAGUAUGAGAACCGAAAUACAGACAUCCUUUGAAAUUUGCACUUAUCCGAAUUUUGCAUUGCCGUUCUCCAACCAAACCAUGUUUACAAAAAUGCAUGUUUUAGCAUUUUUGCAAAUACAAGUGUGCAUAAAUAUGAAUAUAUGUGAAAAUAACGUACCAAAUGCAUUAUAUUAGCAAAAGGUGCUUGCAAACAUGUGUACAUUAGUCAAAACCGCAAACAAAAAGUUGUGUCUACCAGGAGAAAUUCCCACUAAAAUGCUGAAGAUUUUUCAUGAGGAUUUGUUUUUAAUCUGCAAAUUGCAGAAGUGUAGAGAAGUGAAUUUAAGAUUUGAAAAACGAGAAAUUGAGAGAACUGAAAUGACAGAUCCUUCCGUGCCAAUUGGCCACAUUCUGGUCAGCAAGAGAACAUCCUAGGAGGCUGAUAUAUUCCUGAAUAUUGCUCUUUGUGAUGUUGGAUAGAUUUAUUCUUUUGUGUAAAGACUUGCUUGUCCUGUGUUGGCUGCAGAAAGGGCAUCCCUGGCAGAUAAUAUCACAUUUAAAGCUGAGCAAGUGCAGGAACCCUUGAUGUCAUGGCUGGCACCACUUGGGUCCUCUGAUCAUGUCACCUAAGUAGAGAAGGGGACAGAAUUGGGACCGAGGCUUGUUGCAAGAUCUGGUCCCUUUGUCUUUGUGGGUGGCCUGUCAUUGCUGGCGUUUCAUAUUAGAGGGCCAAGACAGGCUUACCAGCCCCAAAUAGUCAGAUGGCCGUUGUGACAGUAAUGAGAUCUUGAUGAGACUUGUGCUAUAACCCUUUUACA